CACCUCACAACAAAACACCCUUUGUCACCUGCGUGCGGCCGUCGCCAUGGUAACAGAGCUGUUAGACAUCUGAGUUGGUCUCUGGCGGGAAGCCGAGGCAGAGCAGACGGAGGGCGACGGAAAGAGAGAGGAUCAUGCCGAGAAGAAGCGCAGCGGCCGAGGACGUUGAAAUUGAUAUAGAUGAAGAUGUGACCGACAGCGAUGACGGCGGCAACCGGAGGAGAGCGAACAGGAGGCCGGCAGGUGGACGAGGAGGAGGAAGAGGGAGAGGAAGAGGUAAGAAGGCCGGCAGCGACGAAGAGGAAGAUGAUGAAGAUGAAGCUCCAAAGGGACGAGGAAGAGGAGGAAACAGGAGGAAGCCCGCCAAUAAACGGGGCGGGGGUAAGAACAACGACGAUGAUGAUGACAGUGAAGAUGAGUCUCCUAAGAAGAAGAGAGGAGGAGCAGCGAACCGGAAGAAAGGUGGCAAAGCCCAAGACAGUGAUGAAGACGACAGCGACGAUGGGAAAGGAAAGAGAGGAAAGAAAGGAGGGAAGAAAGGAGGGAAGGAGGAGGAGAGCGGGAAGGGAAAGAAAGGCGACGCCAAAGGAAAAGACAAAGGGAAAGAUAAAGAUGACGACAAGAAGAAGAAGAAGAAAAAGGGUGACAGUUCGUCGGACUCCAACUCGAACUCAGACGAGGAGGAGGAGUCCAUGUCGGAGGGGGAGAUGGCACGGCUGAUGGAGGAGGUGGAGGAGAAGAAGAAGCUGAUCGCCACCAUAAGGAACAAGCCUUGGCGGAUGAAGCGGAGGCUGGUUCUCUUAAAGGAAGCUCAACAAUUUGUUGAUAAGUUUGAAGGUGCUCUGGGGAAAGGAAAAGGCAGGAAGUGGUACGCCUACAAAGUCAUGAUGACCAAGAAAUGGAUUAAGUUUCAGAGAGAUUUUGAGAAUUUCAGAACAGCCUGCAUCCCCUGGGAGAGGAAGAUUAAAGAGGUGGAAAGCCACUUUGGCUCAUCAGUCGCUUCUUACUUCAUCUUCCUGCGCUGGAUGUACGGCAUGAAUCUCGUCCUGUUUGGUCUCACCUUUGGACUCGUCGUCAUUCCUGAGGUCCUCAUGGGUCUUCCUUAUGGGUCCAUUCCCAGAAAGACAGUACCGAGAGCAGAGCAGGACACAGCUCAGGAUUAUUCAGUUCUCAUGGACUUCAACGGAUACUGUAAAUACUCGGUCCUGUUCUAUGGAUAUUACGAUGACAAGAGAACCAUCGGUCCACUGAAGUUCAGGUUGCCUCUGUCCUACCUUAUGGUGGGAAUCGGGAGCUUCGGAUACAGCCUGAUGCUGGUGAUCCGGACAAUGGCUAAAAACGCCGACGUUGGCGGAGGAGAUGGAGAAGAAGGCGAGUUCACCUUCGCCUGGAAGAUGUUCACCAGUUGGGACUACCUCAUCGGCAAUGCCGAAACCGCUGACAACAAGUACGCCUCCAUCACCACCAGCUUUAAGGAAUCCAUCGUGGACGAGCAAGAGAACCAGAAGGACGAGAACAUCCACCUGCGGCGGUUUCUCCGGGUUCUGGCCAACUUCCUGAUCACCUGCAGUCUUGGCGGCAGCGGCUACCUCAUCUACUUUGUGGUGAAGAGAUCGCAGGAAUUUGCAAACAGGGAUGACCUGAGUUGGUACGAGAAGAAUGAGUUGGAGAUCAUCAUGUCCCUGCUGGGUUUGGUGUGUCCGCCUCUGUUUGAGACGAUCGCUGAACUGGAGGACUACCAUCCUCGAAUCGCCCUGAAGUGGCAGCUGGGACGCAUCUUUGCCCUCUUCCUGGGAAACCUCUACACCUUCCUGUUCGCCCUGUUUGAUGAGGUCAACAGUAAGCUGGAGGAGGAGCAGUCCAUCAAAAACGCCUCCAUCUGGGCCAUGAAGGAGUACUACGCCAACUACACGCGUAUGCUCAACGAUUCGGACGCCACUCCACCUCCCAUGAACCCGGCUGAUGUCAUCAGAGGACCCUGCUGGGAGACGCUCGUCGGCAUAGAGUUUGUGAAGCUGACCGUCUCAGACAUCCAGGUGACCUACCUGACCAUCCUGAUCGGCGACUUCGCCCGCGCCGUCAUCGUUCGCUUCCUCAACUACUGCUGGUGCUGGGACCUGGAAGCUGGUUUUCCGUCGUAUGGAGAGUUUGACAUCAGUGGAAACGUUCUGGGACUGGUCUUCAACCAGGGGAUGAUCUGGAUGGGAGCGUUUUACGCCCCGGGGCUCGUGGGCAUCAACGUGCUCCGCCUCCUCAGCUCCAUGUACUACCAGUGCUGGGCCGUCAUGGCCACCAACGUCCCGCAUGAAAGAGUCUUCAAGGCCUCCAAGUCCAACAACUUCUACAUGGGGCUCCUGCUGCUCAUCCUCUUCCUGAGCCUGCUGCCCGUCGUUUACACCAUCAUGACGCUGCCGCCGUCGUUCGACUGCGGCCCCUUCAGCGGGAGGGCGAAGAUGUUCGAUGUCAUCAUGGAGACAAUCAGGCUGGACCUGCCGGCCUUCAUGGGGACUCUGUUCAGUUACGCAGCGAAUCCCGGACUCAUCAUCCCGGCUGUGCUGCUCAUGGUGUUGGCCAUCUAUUACCUGAACUCAGUCUCCAAAGCUUACCAAAACUCAAACAUGGAGCUGAAGAAGAAGAUGCAGAUGGCCCGUGAUGAAGAGAAGAACCGGAGGAAUAACAAAGACAGCACCAACCAGGUCAUGAAAGACCUGGAGGACCUGCUGCCCAACCGGUCCCUCAGUCCACCGCCGGAGCCUGAAAAACCACCAGAACCAGAGGCGAAACCCACCAAAACCAAACCUGGUUCUGCUGGAAAAGGAGUAAACUUACAAAAGGAUGUGGCUCUGGCUUCGUCCAACCCAAAUGCUCGAGGGCCGGUAGACCGGCCACCAGGACCAAGAGGACCCGGGCCGGGUCCGGGUGCUGGACGGGGCCGAGGCCGUGGGAGAGGAGCCCCUCCCAGUUAAUAUUAUGACCACAAAAAGAGAACAAAUUAAAGUAAAUAUAUACAAACUAAUUUAUUCUCAAAAUUUGAGUGUAAAUAUGUAACAUCCACUACUGUAAUGAAUAUAAAAAUGCAAAAAUAUUGUAGCAUGACUGUAAAAAAAACAAAAACAAAUGAAUGUUUGUUUCAAUACUUUUAUUAAUUUCUCUUUAAAUUAUGUUGCUAAGUUGUCACCCUGCAUGAUGACUGAUAUAGAGAGUAAAUUGUCUUGUGCCUUUUAUAAUUUGUGAUGUUUAUACAUUUGAUGUCUGAAGAUUUUUAAACUACAGUGGAGAAAAUAGGUUAAUUAAACAUGCCUGGUUUUUUUUUUACAAAUAUGUUUCUUAUUGGCUCAUUGACAUGAAACCCAACAGGCAUGGACUUCAACCCAAGUAACCCACACAUUCAUGGUUGAUUGAUUUAUUGAUUUGAUUUAAAUAAAUCGAAAACUAAUUAUAAAUAAAA